AUGGGAGCUGUUAAGAAGAAGCUUAUGCCGAAGUCGGCGAUGUUUGUAAGGAAGUAUGAAAAGACCAUUCGUGUUGGGUUUGCAUCUUUCCUUAUGGCGCUGACUGUUCUAUUUCUGAUGCACAAGCCCGAUGCGGGCACUACUGCGAUGGCACCCCAGCAGACAAUGGCUGGUUUCACUAGCGUUGUUAAGAAUGGCCAGCCUGGGUAUGUGAUUCCUGCCUCUGAUCUACUGCAGGACGUCAAGGAACAUCCUCUGGAUGAUGGUGUCAAGGAAAAGGCUGCAUUUAUCACUCUGGCUAGAAAUGGUGACUUGUGGUCUUUGGUAAAUACAAUAAGACAUGUCGAGGACAGAUUGAACCAUCGUUAUCACUAUGAUUGGGUAUUCCUGAAUGACAAAGGUUUCACCGAUGAGUUUAUCCGCUUGACAUCUGCAUUGGUCUCUGGUAAAGCUAAGUACGGUAAAGUUCCUAAAGAACAUUGGGAAGUUCCAUCUCACAUUGACAAGGAGAAAUAUGAAAUCUCUAGGCGUAAAAUGGUCCUAGACAAAGUUCCAUACGGUGAUUCGACACCAUACAGACACAUGUGCCGUUACCAAUCAGGUCUUUUCUAUAGACAUGAACUUGUGCAAGAGUACGACUAUUACUGGAGAGUUGACACAGACAUCACUGUUUUUUGUAAUUUCCAAUACGACAUCUUCAAGUUCUUGAGACAGAACAAGAAGAAGUACGGGUUCGUAAUUUCAUUGACAGAAUACGAGGAGACCAUUCCAACGUUGUGGGCUACUGUGAAGGAAUUCAUGAAGAAAUACCCACAACACAUUCAUAAGAAUAACUUCUUGAACUUUAUCAGUGACGAUGGCGGUGAGACAUACAAUGGCUGCCAUUUCUGGACAAAUUUCGAAGUCGGUGACUUGAACUUCUGGAGGUCACAAGCUUACACGGAUUUCUUCAAUUUCUUGGAUCAGAAGGGUGGUUUCUAUUACGAAAGAUGGGGUGAUGCGCCUGUUCAUUCCAUUGCUGCAGCACUGCUGUUAGACAAGGAUGAGAUUCAUUUCUUUGACGGUUUCGGUUACCACCACCCAGAUUUCCAAUCUUGUCCACAUGAAGAAGAAGUCAGACUACAGAACAAAUGUACCUGUAAUUUUAGCAAGGAUAAGAUUUGGAUGACGUACUACUUCUGCAAUCUGCGUUACUUUGAAGCUAAAGAAAUCGGUCUACCACCAAAAAUUGAAGCCAACUUAGACGAAGAAUACAAGAAGAAAUUGAAGGUUUCUAGCUAA